AUGGCUAAGUCAAAGCAACCAUCAAAGCCAAGUCCACUGAGUCGAGAAAAAGUUUACGACUCGAGCGACAGCGGGCACAAUGAAGACUCAGAGACGAGGCCAAUCUCAAGCUCCAAGCUAAAGAAAUUACCGCUCAGAGAGGCAGACAGAAGAAAAUCAGCAGAAAAUUCACCUGCUGCAAACAGGCUAUCCCCACGUGCAGCUUCGGAUACUACUUCAGAAGAUGAAGGACAAUCAACAGAGAGUGAGGAAGAUGACGAGGAAGAUGGAUCUGAAACCGAGAGUCAGGGCCAGGAGCCGAGCUCUGAAUCAAGUAAACGAAAGUCACCUGCAGAAACAUCGGAACAACCAAGUCGUAAGAAAAGCAAGGCGGCACCAGUUGCUACUUCCACGAUACACAUACCGCCCAAAGCCUUCCAAGCACCGCGUGGCCACGAACCACUCAUCUUAUCAGCCUCAGAUUUCGCGUCGGAGAGUGCCUCGUUAUUCGAAAAUCUCCAGGGCAAGCAGAUAUGGCACAUCUCAGCUCCAGACACGGUUAAUAUCGGCGCAAUCAAAGAACUUGAUAUUCAGGCAGCGUUGUCGGGCCAGGCCAUUCUCAGCAAAGACGGUAUCAACUAUAACAUGCAACCGUCUUUUGCCUCAAACGACGUCUUACUCCUUCCACAAGGAAGCGAUUCCACAUACGAGCAGAGCGAGAUGAGGAUAUCGAGGAGUUUCCACCUCCGGCAGAUGAGCAGCAAGCCUAAGCUUAAGCAUCAGACGAAAGACCAGGCCGAGACACCACUCACCUUCACCGCAGUCGAGGAAGGCAAGGAAAGUAUCCCCAGAAAACAGCCUGGGGGCCUCAAGAUGCGAUACACCCCAUUCGGAGCCACUCCUGCAGCACGGAAUGAUAAUGACGAAGACGACAUCGAGAUGAACACUGAAAUAGGUACGGCUACAUUCAAAGUCCCCGACGAUGUAGUGGGUGAACGAUCAGGCGGGAAACAAGCAACAAAUGACGAUGCAGACUCGAUGCAUCGUGGCGGGAAACGGGACAAGAGGAGCCAGGAAAAGGACAGAGUCACUGGGUCAGGCGAAAAGAAGAAGAAAAAGAAACGGAGGCUUGUGGAUGAGGAGGGUGCCUUGUGA